AUGCAGUCCCAACGAACCGCGCACAAAUGUCCGCAUUGCGCGCGCGAGUUUGCUCGGGCUGAGCACCUCGUCCGUCACAAACGAACUCACACUAAAGAAAAGCCGUUUUGCUGCGGCCACUGCGACCAAAAGUUCUCCCGGCGAGACCUGUUGCGCCGCCAUGAGAUCAAAGCCCAUGAGCUCGAUACAUCCAUAAGAGGCGACAAGAGAAAUCAGAAUCAUUGCCAAGAUGACAAUAAAAAUAGCAAUAACAAUAACAAUGUUUCUGGAGACAGCAGUUGUCAGCAACGGGCAUCAAGCUCAAGCCUGGAGAAUAAUGAAGAUCAAACCGAACAACGGCAAUGGCCAGCCAUACAAGUAGGAGCGUCGGAGGCGAGGAUGAGCCUAUCGUCAAUGCUACCGACAGGGUUUAUGGAUUUUCAAUUAGAAGACUCGUGGCCCAAUCAGCCCUCUCCCGAUGAGGUUGACUUGUCCCUCCAGAACUAUUUCAUGCCCGGCAACUUGAGCUGGCUGGACAGUAUUCAGUCUUAUGUGCCAGCAGUAUCAAACCCUCCUAUCUCUGGUUACUCAGUGUCUACAGGCGAUGAGAUAUCAUCUGGAACCGAUUCACGAUACUCCAAUCCCACUCCUAGCUCAUCGUGCUCGCUGCUUCAAAGCCCAACUACCAGUGGCCUGCCUCCCGGCUUGCUGCGGGGCUCCGCCCUGCAAUUUAGUGGCAAUCGAUGGGAUUUUAUACAGCAGCAGGCUCGAAAAUACGGAACCUGUAACCUGCCAGACCCAGCUGUGUUAUGCCGAUUCAUACAUCGAUACUUCAAGACAUUUCAUCAACACCAGCCUUUUAUUCACGAGCCCUCGUGGUCGCCGGAUACCGCUGAAGUCAGUUUGGUCCUGGCUGUGUGUGCUAACGGAGCCGUGUAUAGUUUGGAGUGGGACACAGCGUCUGAGCUACAUCGUCUGGCAGUUGCCAUGCUCGACCCCGAAGACCAUAGUCUGUCGGCCUUACAGACCAUGAUGCUCCUGACUGCCUUUUCCGCAUGGAGUGCAGAUUGUAGCAAUAUCCGCACCGCUUUACAAAUACAUGGACGACUCGCACUUGCCUUGCGGCAUGAGUGGGCGCGAGCAGGUUUGACUGUUGAUGGAACGUGGGCAAGCUGGCUGCAGAAUGAAUCUCUGAGGAGGGUUUCGUACUGCAUAUUCACCCUCAUGAACCUGAUGACGAUUGCCUAUGACAUUGUGUCUCCCGUCGAUUUAGAAGACGCCUUUGGCAUGCCGUGCGAUGAGAGUCAAUGGAAUGCCAAAACACCAGAACAAUGGUUAGAGGCCCAAACAACCAACGCCGAACGGUGGCCAUGCGCGUCUGCAAUUCUCCAAAGAUUGGCUGACGAUUCACUUCCGGUGCCUCAAAAGAUCGGUAUGUUCGGUUGCCACAUCGUCAUGUCACUGAUGAGCCAGAAAAUAAUGCUCUUCCGCAAAUGCUGUUCCCCCAACUACGUCGGCUUCGCUGACCUUCGUGAACACUACUUUCGCAUACUGCGACGGUGGCAGAUCAUGUGGGAAAGCGAGCCCGAGGCGUCCUUGACCCCUGAUCACCCCCGCGGCCCAAUCUUGUUCAAUUGCACGGCUCUGCUUCGACUCGCAUAUAUUCGACUUGUCGCUGAUUAUUCUCCGAUUCGAGCGGCGUUUAGUCUACCAACGACGAUGGAAGAUAUUGCAGGGCGCAUAAAUGUACUGCCACCGCCAGUAAGAUGUUCGCAGACAACGCGUGCUGUAUUGCAUGCCUGUCUAGCGCUUCGCAUUCCUAUCCAUUUGGGUUUGAAGGUGAUCGCACGCUCCAGUUUCUGGAUCUGGAGUGUGCAGCAUGCGCUGUGCUAUUUUGACUGCGCUCUGCUGCUGGGGCAAUGGUUACAAAUGAUGCAGCACACGCAAGACUUAUCCCAGGAGGAAGAGACAGUCUUGGAUCUUGUUCACCAGAUCGUUGGUGGGUCUGUUACAUGUUCUACACGGUCAAUAGAUUCGGUGCAUCUCCUGGGCCUUUGGGCCCAGCUGUUGGAUACCAAAGAAACAACUGUAUGGCAUAUCAUGCCCAAUAUGGCCAAGGUUCUCCGGCUUCACGCCGAGCGAUUGGCUAACCAAAUGUAA